UCUCGCUGCUUCCUGGUCGGGGGUGGGACUCCGAAUGAGAACCUAGGAAGCUGUUUGUGGGCGGCCUUGACUGGAGUACCACACAAGAGACCCUGCGCAGCUACUUUUCCCAGUAUGGAGAAGUGGUAGACUGUGUGAUCAUGAAAGACAAGACCACCAACCAGUCUCGAGGUUUUGGGUUUGUCAAGUUUAAAGAUCCAAACUGCGUGGGGACUGUGCUGGCCAGCAGACCACACACCCUGGACGGCCGCAACAUAGACCCAAAGCCAUGUACACCUCGGGGGAUGCAGCCAGAGAGGACCCGGCCGAAGGAAGGAUGGCAGAAAGGACCCAGGAGCGAUAACAGUAAAUCAAAUAAGAUCUUUGUCGGUGGGAUUCCUCACAACUGUGGUGAGACAGAGCUCAGGGAAUACUUCAAGAAAUUUGGAGUGGUCACCGAAGUUGUCAUGAUCUACGACGCCGAGAAGCAGAGGCCUCGAGGUUUUGGAUUUAUUACUUUCGAGGACGAACAAUCAGUGGACCAGGCUGUCAACAUGCAUUUUCACGACAUCAUGGGCAAAAAAGUGGAGGUUAAACGGGCUGAACCUCGGGACAGCAAAAGCCAGGCUCCAGGACAGCCAGGUGCCAGCCAGUGGGGGAGCCGGGUCAUGCCCAGUGCUGCCAACGGCUGGGCAGGCCAGCCCCCGCCCACGUGGCAGCAAGGAUACGGCCCACAAGGAAUGUGGGUGCCAGCGGGACAGGCAAUCGGUGGCUACGGCCCGCCCCCUGCAGGAAGAGGAGCCCCGCCGCCACCUCCGCCGUUCACCUCUUAUAUCGUGUCCACCCCUCCUGGAGGGUUCCCCCCUCCGCAGGGCUUCCCACAGGGUUACGGCGCGCCCCCACAGUUCAGUUUCGGCUAUGGGCCUCCACCUCCACCUCCGGAUCAGUUUGCCCCUCCAGGAGUCCCCCCUCCGCCUGCUACUCCAGGGGCAGCACCUCUGGCCUUCCCACCGCCUCCAUCUCAGGCUGCCCCAGACAUGAGCAAACCCCCGACGGCACAGCCCGACUUCCCGUACAGUCAGUAUGGCCUGGCUUCCUACCCUCCAGACCCGUCGAACUUCGGGUCCAUACUUUGUUUACACUCUUAUGGUCAGGCUGAGCAGUGACGUGGCCUAGGUAGGUGGCACUUCCAAACCCACGGUCCCCUUCUGCCUGCACCAGGCAGCGGACGUGGCUUCCUCUGCCGUCCCGGGCGGGGUGGACCCGGUGGUGCCCGUGGGACGGGGCCCUUGCUGGGGCCAGCCCCUGCUGCUGCAGGCGCGCACACAGACCUGUGCUCCAUGGCCCCCGUUGGGAGUCCAGGGGGCCCUGAGCCGAGCCCGGCCCCCCUCCAAAGUGUGCAUUCCGGGGGGACAUGGGCCCAGGAUGGUGCUGUCGCCCCCUCGCCCUCUGAGGUCGUGCGCCGGGCCUGGGUCCUGCUGAAACAGGCUCUGAGGCCUGCUCGCGGGACAGCUCCUUCCCGCACCUGAGCCCGGCACCAGGUUGUUUGACCUCUGCAGUGAGCACGUCUGGGGGCAUCCUGGAGGA